AUGCUGGAUUUUCCCGAGGAUACUAAGAAUGAGCCAAAAUGUUACGUUACACACGGCACAAUGGGCCACCUGGAUCCCAAACAGCCUCCUGUGAAAAGAAAACCUUUCGCUGCCAUCUUGAAUGAAGGCUUUAUUCAAAAGGCUGAGCUCAUCCUACCUGAAGAGCUCUAUGAGAUCAUCAAAAAAGACUUCUUCAACGAGACUACCAAACCUGUUUAUAGCAGGGUCAUACUUCCUUUGAAAGCACUUCUGGAAGGAGAAUUUUUCAAUGAGUAUAUAAAAAAAGGAAUUUUGACCUUGUAUCUUGACAAGGAAAGCUACGAACGAGCGGGCCUAACGGGAGUACCAGAUGGUGUGAAGGGGAAACGUAAGACGAAGCCUCGAUGGGUUGUUGAAAUCAAUUUACGUCUGCCCUCAAUGCUACAUGGGAAGAAGGGGUUCGACAGGAUUGUCUACGCAUUCAAGAAUGUCCUCUCAACUCCAGUCACGUGGCUAUUCUGUGAUUUAGGGGCAACAGCUCUGGCACCUGAUCCUCUGGAUAUACAUUUCCCGACCAAGGUGGCCGUCGUCCCUGAUAUCACUUCAGAAAUCAAAGUCAAUAUGCCGUCACUCAAACCACCCACAGAUACAAGUUCCGAAUAUGGAGAUGAUUUCAAGGAUUUCGCAGUUGAGACCCACGAAUGGCUAUCUCUUAUUUCACUCAAUAGCCCCAGGGUUAAUCCAGACGAUCAGAUAGAUUCUUUCCUUUCUCGAUAUGUUCCCCCAGGAGAGUCUACGACAAGAUCGAAUCUCGUCAAGAUCACAUGGCGAGGGUUCUUGUCUCCAUCUUGGGCACAUAAGCUAUUUGUACACGCGUUGUUGAAUGUGCCCCAGGAAGCAUGGUUUGUUUAUUACGUGGGAGGAUUCGGCGGAGUCCGGGUUGAAGGUAGCAAGGAUUGCACCAUAUUGAAGGUACCUGACGCACCGAACGAGUACCUUUUAUGGGAGGUCGCGUAA